AACUUUUAUUGGGUUCACUGAAGCGAGGCCCAAUUAAAAAAAAAAAUGAAAAAUACAGAAAAGAGAGUAUAUUAUAAAUGAAGUAGAGCAGAAGAUGAGCUUCCUUCUUCUGUACAAGUCAAGAGUAAAAAGUCGGAGGGAAAGAGAGCAGAGAAAUAUCAGAGACUCAGAGACGACGUGAUUUUAGGGGUUUCCUUCGAUCAAAGAUCUGAUUUUUCUCGGUCGGGGGAAGAAGCUAAAGAAGGAUCGAUCCAUGGCUGAUUGAUCAGAGUUUAUCUCCGGAGGUUCGGAGUUUUUUUUUAGAUAUUUGAAAAGAUGGCAGUCUCUUUUCCUCGUCUUCCGAGGUGGUUAUGUGGUGGUGGUGCUAACACUAAGAAAGAGUCAAAAGGAUCUCCUCCUUCACUGAAGAAGACUAUUAAGUCUGAAUCUUCUUGUUCUACUACGGUGAAGAAGGCUAAGAAAGGAUGGAUUGGGAGAGGAGGAGAGGAGGAGAAGAUGGGGAAUGUGGUGUUUCCUGAACCGGAUGAUCCAGAGUGGUCGAUUGGUUGGGUUGAGCCACAUGGACCAGGGUUUAAAAGUGAGGAUGAUACUGGUGGUGGGUUUGUGGUUCUCGUUCCUUGUUACAAGAAAGUUAUGGGUGGUUCAGGGAAUCAGAUUCUGAAUGGUUUCUUCUCUACAGCUCCUGUUAAAUUUGUAGAUGGGAAGAAUAUGGAACAGUUACUGUCGUCUAUAAGGAAGCUAUAAGCUGGAUGAUUGGGAAAGAUCAAGACUAGUUCUCUCGUGUUUUUUUUCUCAGUAUCAUAAUUAAGAAUCAAAUAAUCAAAAAAAAAAAAACAAGAAAAAGAAAGAAAAAAAAGGAGGCAAGGUUGAUAGCUUCUGGAGACUUCUUUUGGUUCUCUGUUUCAAGUGAGUGACAACAAGUCAUCCUCAAGAAUCUACUAAUGGACAAAGAUGAUGGUGAUGGGGACUUGGCAACAUAAAAUGAAUGAAGAAUUGAUAUGCUAUGAAUAUGAUAUAUAUAUGAUUUCGAGUAUUUGGAUAUUUUUUCAUGUUGGGUGUUUGAAGUGAAAGUGUUUUCUGCUUCUUCACUUCUGCGGUCGUUAUUAUUUGGUUCGGACAAAGAAAGAACAAUCUUUUUUUUUUUUUUGUUCUUUUGUGGUUGGUGAUGUGUAAUAAUAAUAGUGUACAUGUGUACAUAAGCUUCGGUUUC